CCAUCACUUGUUGCAAACUUGCCCCGCUAAUGCAAGAGCUUCUUUCACUAACAAAGGAAAAAUCAGUAAAUAAAAAUACAAACUUCUCAUCUUCACCACCUGUUAUACGUUCUAGCACACGUCCGCAAUGUCACAUCCCUAUUCUGUGCCAGCCUCUACCUCCGACGAUGUCUCGGCGAAGAAGUUAACGGCCUAUUUAAAAGCAACGUACACCAAUACGAACUCCUCAGACCCUUCCAUCCCACCAUCAAUUGAAGCCAUAUCAUCUACAACUACCUUUGCGCUUUCGACACCCCUUUCCCUCCCCGAAUCCGACGUUACUGCAGAUAAGACAAUAUACCUACGCACAUUGCGCGGUGCAGUUUCCUCUCUACAAGACCACAUCAACAGCGAGUUGACAGUACGCAUGGAAAAAGAGGCUAUAGAAGCGGCUGCCACUGGAAACGGAAAAGGGGUUGGAAAGGGUAUUGCAGCCGCCGGCGUCGAUGAAGCGGCCGAGGAAGAGAAUUAUGGGGAAGAGGUGGUGCAGGAAGAUGAAUAAUGAUGGACUGGUCGUUCGACACGAGUAUCUGCCCGAAACUACCACUUGUCCCCCAUCGAAUGAAUCCACACCUCGAACCCAUCAAGUGUCAAAAAUGGCUAUUAUUCAUUUGACUGCGGUGUCCUGAUCUCGCAGGCAGUUGCCUACUUGAUCGCCGUUACUCUCCAGAGCUAUGCAACCAUACCCACUGGUAUUCUCAAUGAUGUAAAUGAACCAGAACACCCGCGCGCCUUCCAUGUAUGCGACAAUAGUUCAACCUUUCUACCCUGGCACACCAACGUCUCGGGCCUUC